CAGUUCUAUUUAUUAUUUCGAUUAUUGCAGACACGCGGGCGGUUAUUCCGAAGACUGUGCUACGACGCCACCCUACAGCACCUCUGCCUCUAUUUGAUGUAAGGCUAUUGCGAUUCGGGAACCUGACGGUUACCGCAUGUGACAUCCAUUCAAAACGGUUGCGUUUUUCGGAUAUCUGAACAGGCAGGAGGUGGAACGUUACGCGGACUCGCGGCACUGUAAUUAUCCGGAAGUUACGGCUUUUCCACCUUAGUGUUUUUUUUCUAUCGAAGUUCCGUCAACAUUGCAAAUGUUUCAUGUUUGUUUCCCAUAGUGCGGUUCAUUUUUUUUCUUCCGAUGUCUUUGUGUGGUAUUAUAUGGGGCAACUUGGGUUUUUCACAGCUAGCCGCUUCUAGCGUAGGAUUUGAUGUUUGAUCGUUAGGACAGGCAGCGAUUAGAUUGAUCGCGUUUUGAUUUUCGUGGCGUAUUAUACAUAUUGUUCGCAGGGAAGUUCGAGUUUUCGGUCGGAAAUCGAUACAGAGAAAGCAGCGAGCGAACAAGGCGCAAAAGUGUUGUGAAGCAAACAAAUCCAGUGUCGCCAGGGAAAAAAGAAGAGAAGAGGGAAAAAUCCUGCAGUAAAGCACACCAGCCGGUGUAACGGCCCUGCCCUCCCCACGGUUUGGCCUCGUUUCUGUUUGCUGUUUUCGAGUGAGUCUCCGAGAGUGCAUUAAGUUCGACUAGUUUGCUGUGAUUUUGGGUUGCAUAUUUACCAUCAUCGGUUGUGUCAUCGAAAAAUUGUCCACGAAAAAAGUGGCUGCUGUUUUUCAGCGAGGAUGAUAGCAAUGAAGCAGUUCCAGUACAUGUCAUCGAAAUAAAGGAACACAGUAGGCUUUGAAAAGCUAGCUAAGGCAAAGCUUACCUGCGAGUGGUAACAGAGGAGGAAAGUGCUUAUUCUGCCCGGAGAUCGAUUCACCCCAUUACCAUCGAUUGCUGGCCACGGAUCCGAUCCGCUCGGCGGUGCGUAGCCGCUAUGGACGACGAUCUGGAGAGAAAGCUAUGAGUAGUAGAGGGCCUUCAAGGCCCCACCCAGUAGCAAACGGAUCGCUAGUGUUUGCCAGUGUUAGUGACGACAGCAACAAGAUGGCAGCAGUAGCAACAGGAGGAUUUGCUCGUUUUAAUAGCAAUCGAAUGAUAUCGCAAAGAGUGGGGCAAGCCAUCAUCAGUCCACAAAACCCUCGGGCGACCAAGUCCCAGACCAAGACGAAAGCGGAGCACGCAGGAGGAAGAAUGAGGCCGACUAGCGCCAAGACGUCGAUGACGACGACCAGAAUAGUGUCGGGUUUUAUGUUCAACUUUCAUUUACUACUGUCAAUCGUUUUGUUGAUCAUCCUGUGCGGAGAUCUGACACGACUGCGGGCAGGCGAUUUUGCUGGAAGUAUCGGAGUUUGGGCGGAGGAAACGGGCGCCGCUGCUGGAGCUGGUGAAGAAGCUGCCGGGGACACCGCCACCGUGGAGCCUUUCGACCCAUCCAAGCGGGGACAGCUCAAGUUUGGUGAUAAAUGCGAGAGCACCACUGAGUGUGGCUUCAGUGGAUCCGUUUGUGAUCCGCAGUCGCGCACAUGUCAGUGUACUCCCGAUUUACCAGCAACCAACCACAUCGACAAGUGCGGAAAAGAGGCCCAGGUAAACGAGAGCUGCUUCUUCACCGAACAAUGCGAGCAGACGACCGAGCAAACCGAGUGCCGCGAUGGACGCUGCAUCUGCCGCUUCGAGAUGAAUCCCAUCUUCAAGCCGGACGGAACCGUCGAGUGUCGAGCCACUAUGAACAAACCGAUUGAACCGGAAAAGUACCUCGAUCCAGCCAUGAUCGGAGUGCUGGUUGCCAUGGCCGUUAUGUUCAUCAUCAUCUGCGUGGUGCUGCGACUCUUCAGCAAAGCCCGUUGGCGCGAAAAUCGGACCAUCUUCAACACCCCGAACCCCCGGCUGAUGAAUGUUUCGCUGCUGCGGGAGAACAAGCUUCUUCAUGGCCAGGAGCGUCGUGGUUCUCGGAUGUCCGUACGGCUACCAUCUCGGCAGCCAAGUAUGGCCUCGCUACGCCCUCAUUCACCGAACGCAUCGAUAGGUAAGCUAGGCUCUCGCCGUGUUUCGCGAGCUAGCAGCAACGCUUCGAUGCGCUCCAAUCGCAGCCAGCACGCCAAGGAUAACGGAGCGGCCCAUACCGGAACGGCACAUCAGAACGAGAGUGUCACCGUGGAAAUUUCCGAGAUUAGAUCCUAAAUUAUUGAUCAGUUACUACUACUGCUACUACCAUUACUACUAGCACUACAACUCUGUCGCGACUCGCUAGGGACCAUUUAAUACUAAAUCCUAGAACCGUUUCGAAAAAAACAUGCCAUUCUCACUACUGUGAACCAGAGGAAUCUUUUACCACUUAGCUAAGGGACACCGUACCAAGAAAUAGAAACAGAAAGCGAGGAAGAAGUCUUUAACGAAGUGAGAAAUUCUAAUUACAAAAACUCCUUAAAACGUUGCUUAUUAAUAGAACAAAAAAAAACCUUUCCCCUGAAACUUGAAGGAACAAAGCUAGUAAGACCUUAAAAACAACAGCGCUAUUUCUAUAGUGAUUUUUCCGUAGCAUCUUCCGAAAUGUAACAUGUAAAACCUAAUGAUAAAGUGAACCCCACUGAAAGAAUAUGGGUGGAAUUAGAGAAUUUAGGCGUCACCGAGCGCUUAGUACCAUUUGCCAUAUCGUAGCGUCAAAUCGAUGAAUUCAGUUUCUCAAAGUAGAGACAGUGUAGUUUCACGAUAAUACACCGUAGAACUGUAGUGGAGUACUAGAAUGGACCAUGAUCAUGCCACAUUUUGCAUGAAUAACGAUAACGCAAAAAUUGAAGAAAAUAUAAAAAUAACUUUAUUUGUUUUAUUUUUAGUUUACGUUUCAGCAUUAAAUACGAAAGCAAACUUACGCAUAAACAUAAGCUGUCAGUUUACCAGAGAGAGUUUAGGGUUAGAGAAAAAAACAAACCUAGCAUUUUCGAAUCUGUAGCCAUCAAUACACGAGUAAAAAUUCAGUAGCCAUAUUGCAUCAUAAUCAAGGAGAAUAUAGUUUUUAUUUGUCUCCUAUUAAAAUUAAAUUCGCUUCAAAGUGCUGACAUAUUUUACAGUGCAGGGCAGUAGACUUUUAGCCCUAUUUUCUCAAGCGCUAGACAAAUAAAACCAAAAGAGAUAGAAAAAAAGACAGUAGCAUAAGCGUCGCGCAACUCGAAAUGACAAUCCAUCAUGGUGAGAAGCAUAAUAAAUAAAUCCACAUUGCUUAUCCAGAUAAAAAAAACAGUGAAGGUAUCGUAGUAGUAGAAGGAAAAGAAGAAAAUGAAAAUAAUUAACUACUGCUUACAGACAAAUUAGUACGAACAUGCAGUAGUGUACGUAGCAGAAGCUUCGAUCAACUUAGCAAACCAAAUGAAAUAACCAAAAAAAAAAAAUAGAUUCAAAAGCCAACUAAACGAAAAUGGCGUCGAUAUUACGGCUGUAACGCAGGCUGAUGAUGGAACAAAAUUUAAUCGAUAGUGGCACCCUGUUAUUACUUCUACCAAUAAAGAAUUUGAAAGAUACUAUUCUAGGUGAUAACAAAUUAUAUAAAGAUUUGUAAAAAAAAAAACCAGCAAGCACAUAUAUUCAACAAAAAACUGAAAAUGACUGCUUUAUACGUAGUGAAAGAAUAGCAUGAAACGCAGCAAACAAAAAAUAUUACUAGUGCUUCAUUGUUCAAAAUAUUUCUCCUUAAGAACGAAUUUUUAUACAAAUAAUACAUACCCUGUAAGAUUCUCUGAUUUAUCGCCAGUUUUGAAUGGGCUUUUGUUACCAUUAAUCUGCGACCGAGGAAAAAAUCUGCUCUGUCUGCUAUGUGGAGUGCAUGUGAUAAAACCGUAUAUUUAUAAACAAAAGUGCAUCGAAAGCAAACUUUCACCCCCAAUUCAAACAAAAGAACAGAAACAAAAUGCAAAACCCGAGCGCGCCAUUUUUGAAAUGUUUCUUUCGAAAUAGGGGAAGAUUUCGGAGGAAAUAUUUCUCAUUUUGCUGUGACCGGCACCCGCCUGCUUUGACGGUUGACAUUACCAAACAAAACAUUGAUAAGCACAGUUAGCACUUAAGCAUUCGCAAAAGAGCUUAUUCAGUCCCCAUACCCAGCUUUCGUUCUCAUUAGUGUUUUGCCGGUUCGAAAAUAUCAUUUGAUUCUCGUAGAAUUAGUGAUCCAACAAAAAAAAGACCAGAAAGAACUCGCUUUAAAUUUAAUGAUACAUAGCAGUACUAAAUAAAACGAUAAAAUUGAAAAACUUCGAAAAAAAUUCUAGCAGUAGACGAAACAAAAACUAAAGUUUAAUUUUAACAAACUGUUGAAGAUAAAUUUGAAAAAAAAACUCACUCACACAAGGAAAUCAGGUUUGUUUCUAAAAUAAAAAAAAGGGAAACUAAAUCUUGAUCACUAUUUGAAUGUUGAACCACCCUAAUUAAAUUUCAAUCCUUCUCUUGUUUCAAAAGUAUAUUAUUAAUCAAUUAAGAAUUCCUACUGCAAUUUAUGAUGAUAUCGGAACGGAAUAGCGUAAGAAUUAUGAAAGCUUCAAGCUGAGAAAAACACACACAUGAAUAAUUGUUAGGGAAAAAUUAGAGAUAACUUGCAGGACGCUGAUUAUGCUAAAGAUGACACGAGUUGAAAACGUUAAAAUUUUGAAAUUUGGGGAAGAAUUUCAAAAUUGGCACGUUUUGCUCUAUUGAAAACAUGAAAAUCUAUAGAUAUAAUAUUGUAGAACAGCACUUAUAAGAGAUAACUUACUUAGCAUAGCGUAUUGUUAGUGUACAGUGAUUUUGGCACUAACACUCACCCACAAAAAAAAACAACAUUCACUUCAUAUGUAGAACAAUGGAUUCAGCAGCACAUACACAGUUGGUCAUUUGAAAAAUUUUCUCAUAUUCAAGUAAAGGUAGAAAGACAUUAGAUGUAAAAUAAAAUAAAGAAAAAGCAAAAAGAACAAAAUCGAGUACGACGCAGCUGGAGGCGAACACAACAAGCUCUUAUUUACUAUAAGAAAUAUUAUCUAUAAAUGCGCUAUCGAACUAUUUUCUACGAUUAUAUUGCAAAAAAAAACUAACAAAAAGUUUGAAAUCUUGAGACUAUUCAUGUUCUAUCUUCAAUUUAUAACGAAAAAAUGAUUGAAAAAAAAUACAAAAAAACACGCACUUCUAAAGUUUAUUUUAUAUUUUUGAACAAAAUCAAAACAUCAGAAUAAACGAUGGAUGAAACAUGAAGAGGAAAGAAACAAGCGAAAGGCUUGUGUUGUAUGCGGAAAGGAUACUGAACAAUAGAAAGAAAGUAUAAAAAAACGGAUAUUCAUCAACGCAUGAAAUAAACAAACAAAAAAUUAUAUAUAUACUAUAGCUGAGAUGUAUCACUUUACAGAACCUAAAACUUUUAUUAAAAACAUAUUUACUUUACAUAAACUAACUA